AUGUAAAACAUAAAAUAACUUAUUAUUAAGUAGUUUGAGGGAGAUUUUGAGAAUUUAGCUUGGUUUAUUGCAUUAUUUGCUAUAGGAGAGUACUUAGAUGAAGUAAUAAAAUCAUCAGAAUUCUUAAUUGAGAUUAUUAGAUUGCUCAUGAUUUUGUCUAUGAUUGUCGGUCUAAUUGGGUCAGGAUUGUUUGGUUAUUCAGGUACAUUUAAAAGCGAUAUAGCUUAAGCUGAUACUGAUAAUGGGUGGGGAAGACUCUUGCAAGGAAUCUGGUAGGGUUCAUCUACAAUUAUUACCUAGGCCUAUGUUGCUGAAUGCCUAAGCAAAGACUAAAAUAUCAAAAUGAUUAACAAUAUCACUAUAGCUUAGAUCGGCGGAAUGAUACUAGGCCCACUGCUUGGAAUCUUCAUCAAUAAAGUUAAUUUUUCUAUUGGAACGAUGAUUUUCAAAUAAGACACAAUCAUUGGCUAUUUUUCGGUGGAUAUCACUAAAUUUGUAAAAAAUAAGGACUUGAUUGCAGCUACUAACAUAUCAGAGGAUGAAAUAAGAGCACUGUAUAGUUAGCCUCCGAAUUCGGCAGGAGUCUUCAUAACAAUGAUAAUCUAGGUAUCAAUAGUAAACAUCUUAUCGAUAAUUGAAACAAUGGUAGCUCCAAUAAUAAUGGAUAAAAAUGCAGUUAUCACUGACAAUUUAAAUCUAGGUGGAAAUUAUACAGCAGGAUUUUUCAUAAUAAUGGGAUUCUGUGGCUUAGUCAGUUUCUAUUUAUUUAAAAAGUUUUAUGAGGAAUAAAAAAUCAACAAGCUUAGUGAUCGUUCUUUUGUGUUCACAACUCUAAUCUUUGGACUCUUAGGUUCUUUAGCUUUAAUAGAUUAUGAAAGAAGAUAGAUUUAUCAAAUUCAGCUAUUCCUUGGUUUUAGUUUAUUAUCAAUCUCCUACUUCAUAGGAAAAAGAGUAGCUAAUCAAAUGUUUGCUAAGCUAAUUGGAAUAAACUCAACUAAUAAAAACCACAGAUAUCAGAUAAUGAUGACUUUAUUUAUGGCAGCAAUUAGAGUAUCAGGAGCUUUUUGGAAUAUACAUGCUGCGAACUAAGGAAUGUAUCUUAUUUUUAUCGUGGAAAGCUGUGCCAUAGUCUUGAGUAUUUUGCUAAUGACCCUGUUCAUUGAGAAAUUAUCACCUCAUUACUCAUACUUGAUUGAAAAGCAAAGAGAAAUUCUAGCUGGUUCAGACGGAAAAAGUGGGUUGAUUAAUCAAAGAGAUAUGAGAUUACUCGAGACUCCAGAAUAUCAAGGCCUGCCCAUGCCUAUUCAGUAACAAUCCAAUAAUGUUAGACUUACAAACAGAUUAGCUUGA